AUGCAGACAAAGAGUGUGACCACGGCACAAGAGCCACCUACUGAGAUCGAGUUCGCUACUCCACAUGUUCAAUUUCAAGCUAGUUUGCCAACUGAGGCGGAGAUUGAAUCCGGUGAAGCUCGUCUCGAAACUCGAGAUCUACUUGGAAGUGCUGAAGGAAAGAGCAACAAAAAUCUUGCUUUGUAUCCAGAGGUACUCAUGUCUUUGGGGUUCAAUGUCAUUCAGCAGAAGGCAAAGCAGCAGACCCUUGCUAUGUAUCCAGAGGUGCACGUAUCUUUGGGAUUCAAAGCACUCACACUGAACGCAAUUAAUCAGAGUCUUGACGUUUAUCCUGAAGGUCUUCCAUCUUCGAGAGUCAAAGCCGCAAGGACAGAGAUGGAGAAGCAGAAUCUUGGCAUUUAUUCCGAGGUUAUCUCCAGUUUGGGAUUCGAAUUGACGGACACAAUUGCAUCAUCCAAUACCAGGAUGCCGCCAAAUGGUGGCUCUACGAGAGCAGAGGUGGAGACAAAGAAUCUUGGCAUUUAUUGCGAGGUCCUGACCUGUUUGGGAUUUGAAUUGACGCAGACUACUGCAUCAUCCGAAAUCAGCAUGACACAGAAUGGUGUCUCUAAGAAAAAAGAAGCGGAGAAGCAGAAUCUAGGCAUUUAUUUCGAGGUUCUCGCCUGUCUGGGAUUCGAAUUAACUGUGUCAUCGGAAAUCGGCAUUUGGCAUAAUAGUGACUCUAUCAAUGAGGAAGUGCCUUUUGCUAAGGAGUCGACAGGUAAUGGCGAAUUGGAAAAGAAGAUUGUAAUGUCGAAAAACGAAAUGACUCCCGAGGGCAGGUCGAAUGUUGUUAAAAAACUCCCUCUUUCUUUCAAGCCUACUGGAUUCCGGCAGCGUGGGUGGUUGCCCAUGAAGUCUGUCGUAUCAGAUUUCCGAGUGCGCCUGAUCAAUGAAUCAUCUGGGCGUUGGAAAGACCUGAUCAUCCCUGUUUCGGAUAGCUUGACGCUGUUUGACGCUGUCUACAACGCGGAAAGCGUCCAACGCACAAAUAUCCGACAGUUUCCAUCUCAAGUUGCUUUGGAAGUGAAGCAAAAGGCUUGCGAGAUUCUCGCCGAUGUUUUCAUCCCACAUUAUGGUCCUAUUGGCCAGACGACUAACUAUUUUGGAGACACUGACAUUUUGAUUGACGAUGAAGGGACUGCCAUUCGGUCUUUUACAGUAGAUGAUUUGCACCAGACAACAACUGUCGAAAUCUUUGAGCGCAUGUCUCGACCAAAAGACAUGGUGAAAUUCGUUUUGCGUGUGAAAAAGGUUGAAGCUGUGGACGUAUUGGAAUCACGAGUAUCGACUCUCGAAAAGCAACUUCACAUUGCUUCACAACAGGCAAAGAGCGGAUCGGAACUUCUUGCUGAUAAGCUAGAAGCAUUAGAUGAAGCAACAAGUUGGAAUGAGCAACUGUCACAAGAGUUGGACGAGCUGCGGGCAGGAGCAAAUGACCAUAGACCGCAGUCACCAAGAAGCGAGAUGGUCACGAAAUCAAAGCAGCAAAUAGAAAUGUUGGAACAAAAGGAAAAGGCACUGGAGCAAGCAACUGAACGGAACGAGAGUCUAAAGCUCCAAGUAGUCCAACUCCAGAAAGAGAUUGAAAUCUUGGAAGUCGCCGCCAACUCAUCGAUCAUGCCCGAUUACAAGUCUGUGGUAGACCAUGUAAUCGAAGAAGAGGACGAUCGCGACGAGCUCAGCAAAGAUGUCUCAUUCAAACCUGUCGGUUUCCGCCAACGGGGUUGGCGUUCCGACGAAGAGGCAAAUAUGGAAAUGAGGCUCCGUGUGACGAACGAAACAACUCAGCUGUCCAAAGACUUUGUGAUUGCAAUCGACGAUCGGGUCACUGUAUUUGAUGCCGUUUACACGGGAGGCAGUGACGAGGAUAUUCUGGACAAAACCUCGAACAUCCAUUGUAUCGUAUGGCACGACACGGGGAAGGACGUCCGAACAUUCAGCGUGAACGCUUUGAAGCAAAUGAGUACCAAGAGAUUCUUUGAACUGACAUCCCGGCGUCAGGAUUUGAUGAAGGCAUUGAUCCGAUGCCAGGAAACGGCCAAUAACCAAGUACAAGAGUUGGAAAGUGAGGUGAACUCCAUUGGACUACGCAAUGAAGAGUUGCAAAACUCCAUGUGCGUUUUAUCGAACGAGCUAGCGGCUUCCAUGGCAAAGUAUAAUCGGUUGCAGAGGGAAUUGGACAUGAUGAAGCAGAGCCAAGAGGGUGGCCUGCUGUUCGCUACUGAAUUGUUUGAGAUAUAG